AUGACUACACUUUCAAGCACUACAGAGAUUAAUGUUCUCAGGUCUCCAGCUGAAGUGUUAAAAGAAGGUGAUGCGAUCAUAUUUUUAGAAACUUCAGAUCGAUUGGAACUCCCUUCAUUAGUUUUAUGUGCCGUAGAGUCAGCAGCUCGUGUGUAUAUAAACCAACCAGUGGCCUUCUUCUUAAAAGGAUUAAAUAAUACCAACACUGAAGAAAUGGUGAAGAGACAUUUCCCAAUGCUCUCACCUCUGAGGAACAUUUAUUUCUUCCCCCUGAUUUUAGAGGAAGUGUUUACUGACACUCCACUUCACUCCUGGUACAAGAAGAUAAAUCCACAAGAGGAGAAGCACUGGCUCCAUGUCAGUGCUGAUGCCUGCAGGUUAGCUCUAGUCUGGAAACAUGGUGGAAUAUACAUGGAUACAGAUAUUAUCUCAUUACGAACCCUACCCAGUCUGGACUUUCUAGCUGCACAAUCUUCUGGAUACUCUAGCAAUGGUAUUUUUAGGUUUUCUUCUCAUCAUAAUUUCACCCAGAGAUGUAUGGAGGACUUUGUUCAGAAUUAUAAUAGCAAAAUAUGGGGACAUCAAGGACCACAUCUCUUUACCCACAUUUUAAAAAAGUUCUGUGAUUUACCAAACUUUAAUGGCACUGAAGAUGUCAUGUGCGGAAAUAUUACUUUCUUCAAUCCCAAGCGCUUUUACCCCAUCCCCUACCCAUCGUGGAGAACGUAUUACCAGGUUUGGAACAAAUUGCCAACUUUUAAUGACUCCUAUGCUUUGCAUCUAUGGAACUUUAUGAAUGAAGAAAAUAUAAAAAUGGUACCAGGUAGUAACAUGUUAGCAGAACAUCUCUACAAAGGGUACUGUCCUUCCACAUAUGGAGCAGUACUCAGGAAUGUGAGCACUUACCACUGA